AUGGUUCUAAUAUAUGUGAAAAUGUCCGAAGAAAGCCACAGCUUUUUGUACGAAACAAAUGUGAAUAAUUUGAUAAAGAAUUUAAAAGAGGAACUAAUAAGUAUUUACAAUCUUAGAUGCAAAAUAUUGAAGCUGUUAGAUGCAUCAUUAGAAUUAGCAAAACAUGGUCCUUUGCGACCCGAAGAAUUUAGAGGCUUGUCCGAGUGUGAUUCCUAUAAUUCAAAUGAAGUAACUUGCCCAGAUGCAAACAAUUUUCGAACCGGAAUUCCCCCACCAAAAGAUGCUGCAAUUAACUUAAUAAAUUUGGUGGAUAAAAUGAAAAGACAAUUAGUAGAACAUGGACAAACAAAUGGAAUAUCUUUAACCAAUUUAAACAAAGAAUUAGAUUUGAUUGUUCAAAAUUUAAAAAUGUGCUAUCCUGUAAUUGAAACUCUCCCAAGUUACGAACCCACAAGAUUAAUUUUGGAAAAGGAAAACUAUUUUAAUGAUGAGCUCUUCCCUGAUGAUACGUCGAUGUGGUGGGCAGGGAAAGAGUUGGGAGAAAAUUUAUAUUUAAAAAAUAUAAUUGGAAAAAAUGAAAAAACUAAAAUUAUAGUAAAAUUGAAUCCUAAAAAAAUGGGACCUCCGGAAAGAGAACCAAGAAUAGAUAAUGAAACUUACAAAGCUAUGUUAGCAUAUUAUCAUAAAAAAAAAAAAGAGGAAAAAGAAUUUGAAGAAGAUGAUGAUGAUUCAUACUUAAAUUCUGAGUGGGCUAGUCCAUUAAGUUUGCAAAAACAACUACUUGGAAAUUUACAAGAUUUAAAAUGGAAACCUUAA